CAUCUUGUGCGAGUCUCUCAGGAUUUCUCCAAUUUUUCAGUCUUUACACGUGAUUUUAACUGUAAUGCUGGUGUGAAUUGAUUAAAAUUAAAUUCCGACAACUCAUGAGAAAUCAGGGGGAAACCUUGAUUUGGAUAAAUGGAGCAUUAUGAGGAUGAUGAAGACACCCACUACUGCAUAAAAUGUCACGUUACAGUGACGGGUCUUGACAAUUACGUUCGACACCGUCAGUCAGGCUGUCGCCCGUCAGAGCCGAAGAAUGAAGUCAUGUAUCCAGAACUCUUGAAUGCCGACACGUUCUUCAAUUCCCUGGAACUUCGGAGUAGUGUCAAGCCAAAAGCUAGUAGUGAGGCACUCGAUGACCGAAACAAAAAGUCCAGAGGCGAUGACAAGCGCAGGAAGCGAAGGCGAUGUCAGGAGAUUGAGGAGUCGACGUCCAAGGAAAAAUUGAUGACUUUGUCACCAGGUGUGACGGACUUGGACGAUCCGACUGAUCACAUUGGGAUUCCCUCGCUGGUGGGAUUUCCGGACAUCGUGACAUUCGGUGAUAAAUCAUCGACGGUGGCACCAAAUAAAAUCACGGCCAAGAUUCCUGACAAGAAGCGAAACGACGACCACCGGGUCUGGUUGAAUGACAGCAUUCUCGAGGACUUGGAUGGCAAUAAAGAGGUGGGAUCACCCAGGGAACCGCUUGAUAGUGAUGCAGAUUACGAUUACAGGCGUGGACAGGAGUCGGAGGCGGAGAGUGAUGAUGAUGAUUCUUAUUCGGAGUCUGAGGAAGAAGGGGAGUACGAGUCGCAGGCUCAUACGGGAGGCAAAUGGAAGCCCGACCAGUUGCUCCAGGAGAUAUCAACCCAGAAUGACGAUGAAGUUGAGCAGGAGGAUUAUCGGCAGGACAGCCCACCCUCCCACACUGGGGGUAAAUGGAAGCCAACGGAUCAGAAAACCGAGGAUGGUCAGGUGAAUGUAGAUGAGGAGGAGGACGAGGACGAUGAAAAUGACGACGAUGAGGAGAAGGACACAAGACAACCGCCACCAGGUCACACCCGUGGCAAAUGGAUUCCAGGGGUAUCUGUAGUCAGUGGAGCCACCACUGACUCCAGCUACUGGUGCACUCCCUGCAGCAGACGCCUCGCCUCAAAACUUCUCUACAACAGACAUCUGCGAUCUGAUCUCCACGCGAGAAGAAGUAUCCAGGAAAUCGAGGGAGAUAUCAAGCUACCGAGAACCGUUGGUCCACUGCUGAGGCGAAAGACCCUGAGCAAACGGCAACAGGCACUCGCACUUAAAUCUUUGGACAAGAAGAAGGCAUUGACCGAUGAACAACAAAAGGCUAGGAGACAGCGAGAAAAAUUAGUGCUGCGAUGCGAGAUGUGUCAUGCCCGUGUACGUCGAGUUCAACUCGGUAAACACCUGCUCUCUCACUACCACUGCCGUGUCGCUGGAUUAAAUCCCUCAAGUUCCAUUGCACGUCGCUUUAUUCUGGAAAACAUGGGCGAUGUGGUACGCCAAUGUCCAUUCCAGUGCACUAGCUGUCGGUUUUAUUGUAACACUGAGGAUACCUUCCUGUUGCAUUGGCGAUCUGAGGUGCAUACCUCUAGAGAUAACGACUCAAACAGCAAUCUGACGUGUGUCAGCUGUGACUUCUGGUGUGACACCAAUCAAGCCAUGGAGGUGCAUCUCCUCAGCCUAGAGCAUCGAGAAGCUGUCGCUAUGAUCAAUGGUUCAGUACCUGUUGUCAUUCGAAGACAGCUAAUUCUAACUUGUAAUACGUGCAAUCGUCACUUUCGAUACAAUUUUCAACUUCGAAUGCACUCGAAGAACACUGGACAUCCUCUGAGUGCAACCGCCACUGAUGACUAUCAACAGAGAAUAGCUUGCAAACACUGCUCCCAAGUUUUUAGGUCUCUAGUAGCCCUUCAGCGACAUCAACUGACCAGUCACACGUCCAAGGAUGGGGUAGAACUGCCGACGCCUUAUUUCUGUUCCUUCUGCUCGAUCAACUUCGAGACUGCUCGAGACGCUGUGUUACAUAGAAGAACCACUAGUCACAAGCAGACUGUCAAGGGGCACAAGUUCCAGGGAGUUGAGACGUUACAAAGGGAUUGCGGUCACUGUGGGGAGAAGCUCCAGGAUUUGGAGGCACUCAAACUACAUUUGAUUCAAUCCCAUCACGAUCUUUGUCACAGAUGCUCGCAGUGCGGUUCAGUUUUUCCGCUGUCCCAAGACCUCGCAAAGCACACGAAAAAACAAGAAUGCAAAAAAAUAUUGGAUCAGAAAUCGAAUGCAAAGAGUCAAAAAUUUUCGUGCACAACCUGUUGUGUGUUCGGCACAGACUCACAGUCCGAAUUGAUCUUCCAUCAGAUGCUCCAUACAGGGAGUGUGCAACGGGAUCCUGAAGAGCCGGGCUCCAGCAAAGCACCGGCCAAGUAUCGCUGUCCUCUCUGUGAUAGAGUACUACCGAGAGAAUCCAUGAGGAGCCACAUCAGGAUGCACACGGGAGAGAGGCCAUUUGCCUGCGCUAAAUGUCACAAGUGCUUCUCCAGAAGAUCUAGUCUUCGUGUUCAUGGGAAAGGAUGCGAAGCGAGACUUCGCGAUCGAGAGCAGAAGGUCAAGGUUCGGAAGAGGAAUUAUAUCUGUGCAGAGUGCACCGAAGCCUUCUACACAAAACACACACUUCGACAACACAUGCUGCGUCAUGCCGGCAAGAGCUACAAGUGCGGAGUUCCGGGCUGUCCAACUGUUCUCAGAACUGAGAAUGAGCUGAAGAACCAUCGCCGUCUCAUCCACGAGACGGGCCCAAACGAGCGCAAAUAUCCAUGUGACGAUUGCAAUUACGCAGCUAAAACGAGAACGGCACUACGUCGUCAUCAAGAGAAACACAAAACCUCAACGAACCCGGCCCAUUUAACAUGUCCAUAUAAAGACUGCCCAUUCGCGACUCAACUCUCGUCACAUCUGAAGCGCCACAUUCGCGUCCACACCGGCAAAAAGCCAUACAAGUGUCGCCACUGUCCAUAUGCAAGCAACAAUCUGGAGAAUCUGCGAAAACACGUAUUAUCGACGAGUCGACAUCCAGGAAAGAUGAUAUACGAGUGUGACUCUUGCAUCAAGAGUGGAAGCACCUUUACCACCAAUUUCAGCAGAGAACUUCGAGCUCAUUUGGUAGAGGUACAUCCUCAAACCUAUCCCACUGUGAAUCAUGCCAAUAAUUACGUCUCAUCAAUAUUUAAUGCGGACAAUCAAGACCCGUGAUCAUAAUCCUAUUUUCAAGACAUUUUUUUUAUUCUGACGACAGCCUAUUGUGGCUGAAUUAUAAUUGGCUAUUGAUCAAUUAUAAUUACAUUUUUGUUUCGAUUAUGGACAGAGGCACAACA